CUCACUAAUUCUUCAUCUCCAAUUAUUCUCUCCAUGUUGAUCUUCAUUUUCUUAGCCUUUUCUUUUCUACUAACAACUCCGGCGACAAUAUGCGCCGAGGCUGCUCGUCUUCCUUAUGGUCAUGCUGCUCAUAUAUCAUCCAUAAUCUCAGAGGAGCUCUACAACAAGAUGUUCUUGCAUAAAGAUGAUAAUGCCUGCCCAGCCAAAGGGUUCUAUCCUUAUGCCUCCUUUAUCAAAGCCACCAGAUGCUUCCCCAAGUUUGGAAACACUGGUGACUUGAACACCACAAAGAGAGAAGUUGCAGCUUUCCUUGCCCAGAUCUCCCAUGAAACAACAGGAGGAUGGGCAACAGCACCAGAUGGUCCUUAUGCAUGGGGACUGUGCUUUAAGGAGGAGGUCAGCCCAUCCAGUGAUUACUGUGACUCCACAAACAAGCAGUGGCCCUGCUCUCCUGGCAAGUCCUACAAAGGCAGAGGCCCUAUCCAGCUCUCCUGGAAUUACAAUUAUGGGCCAGCAGGGCGGGCUUUGGGCUUUGAUGGGCUUGGGAACCCGGACAUUGUGGCUAAUAACUCGGACAUCGCUUUCAAGACUGCCUUGUGGUUUUGGAUGACGCCACGUGACCCGAAGCCAUCGUGUCACGAUGUGAUGGUGGGCCGAUACCGGCCCACGAAAGCCGAUUUGGCUGCGAACCGGACCGGUGGGUUCGGUCUAGUGACCAACAUUAUAAACGGUGGGCUCGAGUGUGGAAUUCCAAAUGACGCCCGGGUUAACGAUCGCAUCGGUUUUUAUGAACGGUAUGCUGGUUUACUCGGUGUCGAUGUGGGCCCCAAUCUUGACUGUGCCAAUCAGAAGUCGUUUUAAUAUGUUUAAUAAUUACUUUUCCCCAAUUAACUUUCUUAAUUUGUUGUCUCUUUUACAGUUAUUUUUGUUAAUCUUAGUUUUUCUGUUUGAAGCUUUGAAUUUGGAAUUGGAUGGUGAUUGAUAAUAAAAGAUUUCAAGGAAAGCUAUUUGGAAUAAUGGCUAGGAAAUAAGGAA